CGAUUUCACAACACAUUCACUAUAACUAUGAGUGAUAUGACUAUUACAACAAAAGAUAGACUUUUAGUUAUAUAUAUAUAUAUACAGUAUAUAGAGUUAUUGAAUGUAUGCGUCAACUAUAGUAUAGUUAGUAAUAUAUAGAAUAUAUUAUAUAUUUAUACACACAGUAUAUAUUGAUGUGGAGUUAGUGAACAUUCAUAGCAUUGAUAUACACAACUAAACCACGAUUUCCAACAUAUAUUGACUGCAAUUAACAAUCACUUGAAAAUUGUAGUUAUAUUUGAAUUAUCUCUUCACCAAAAUUCAAGUGUUUUUAAUCAUUUAAUGUCCACAACUGCUAUCAAAUGGCCAAUCAUUUAACAGACGGCUUACAACUGACCGCUGACCAGAAGGAAGAACUGUCCCGUCAUUUUCAAUCGAUUGAUGGAAAUGGAUAUCUAGAUGUGAGUGAAUUAAAGUCAGCACUUGAUAUCGUUGGUCACAAACUCCCGCAAUGGAAAGUUAGACAAAUGAUUGAUGAGUUGGAAAGGAAAAGGUCUUCAGAUAAAAGGGGACGACUUGACUAUCAAGAGUUUGAAAAACUCUGCGCUGAUCUUAAAUCUCUAGAUAUUGCAAAUUCAUUUAAAACAAUGGUUUCAAAACGUGAAAAUUUAGAAACAUUGGGCGGUAUGUCAUCAGCAAGUAGUGAGGGAACCACUCAUUCAGUUCGACACGAAGAACAGGUGGCUUUCUCUCAUUGGGUCAAUUCUCAUUUAACACAUGACAAGGAUUUGAAACAUUUACUACCCAUUGAUGCCGACGGAAAGGAACUCUACGACAAAGUUAAAGAUGGAAUUCUUCUGUGUAAGAUAAUAAACCAUUCGUGUCCGGAUACCAUCGAUGAAAGGGCUAUUAAUAAGAAAAAUUUAACAGUAUAUACAAAAUACGAGAACCUGACGCUGGCAUUGAACUCAUCGCAAGCAAUUGGAUGUAAUAUUAUUAAUAUCGACGCUCACGACCUGUCCCGAGGAAAACCUCAUUUAGUGUUGGGUCUGUUGUGGCAAAUCAUCCGAAUUGGACUCUUUAAUCAAAUAACAUUAGAACACUGUCCAGGACUCGUGCAACUGAUCGGCGAUAAUGAAGAUCUCUCAGAUUUAUUACAUUUAUCACCAGAAAAUAUAUUACUUCGUUGGGUUAACUAUCACUUGGAAAAGAGUGGAUCUAAUCGACGAAUUAAUAACUUUACAAAUGAUAUAAAAGAUUCUGAAGUUUACACUAUUCUGUUGAAACAAAUUGCUCCCAAAGAUUCUGGUGUCAAUACAUUAGCGAUGCGGGAACAGGACUUAUUGCAAAGGGCAGAGAUUAUGUUACAACAGGCCGACAAAAUAGGCUGCAGAAGCUUUGUUACUCCACAUGAUGUAGUGGAUGGUGUCUAUAAAUUAAAUUUGGCGUAUGUCGCCAAUCUAUUCAACAAUCACCCGGGUUUAGAUACACCAACCGAACCAUUAGAAUUAGAAAACAUUGAAGAAACGCGCGAAGAAAAAACCUACAGAAAUUGGAUGAACAGUUUAGGUGUAUCGCCAUAUGUUAACUGGUUAUACACCGAUUUAGCCGACGGUCUGGUCAUAUUUCAAUUGUUUGAUAUCAUUAAACCGGGAGUUGUUCACUGGCCACGAGUACACAAAUCAUUUAGCAAAUUGAAAGCUUUUAUGGAAAAAUUGGAAAAUUGUAAUUAUGCUAUUGAUUUGGGCAAACAAUUGAAGUUCUCUUUGGUUGGAAUCGCUGGUCAGGAUAUCUCUGAUGGAAAUCCUACUCUAACUUUAGCUCUGGUGUGGCAAUUGAUGCGCGCCUAUACUCUCAGUAUUUUAACACAAUUGGCAAAAGAAGGCAGUGGUCAGGCUAUUGUCGAAUCAGAAAUUGUUGAUUGGGUUAAUAGAAAACUGAGAGAGGCAAACAAAACCUCAACAAUUCGUAAUUUUCAAGAUUCAAGUAUUUCUACAGCACUUCCAGUGGUUGAUCUCAUCGAUGCUAUAAAACCGGGUUCUAUUAAUUACGGACAGAUACUGUCGGGAAAUACACCACAAGAAAAGUUAGCGAAUGCAAAGUAUGCCAUAUCAAUGGCCCGUAAGAUCGGCGCCCGAAUAUAUGCUCUUCCAGAAGACAUAUCAGAAAUGAAGCCUAAAAUGGUUAUGACUGUCUACGCGUGUCUUAUGGCACUCGAUUAUGUCCCUAAUAUGGGAUCUAACAAUCAGGAUAACAAUCAUGAGUCGAGCCAAUGAUUAUUAUUUCAAAUACAUUCAAAUCAUCGUUACAUUAAAUAACAUUUAUAACUAUAAAUUUAUUUUUUAUACAAAUUGAUGUGCCUUUAAAUUUAUUGUUAUAAAUUCAGGCUUUUAUAGCAAAUAGACUUAAACUUUAAUUUAUAUACAUAUUCUGUUAUUUAAAGUAAAA